AUUUGCAUUUUGUCUUGUUAUUACGUCGGCGUGUGGAACUUUAGUUUUAACAAAUAAUAUCAAUAGUAUAAUAUAUAUGAAUCAGUCAUUUAAAAUCAAGUUUUCUAAUGUAAUGAACUUAAAAUGAACACCCAAAAUAAACAGACCGCUCUAUCUGCGGACUUGAAUAAUUUUAUUUAUGGGGUAUCGAGGAGGAAUUUCCAAAAUGCACCUGAAUUAACUAAAAUCGGAAUAUCUUUGUUAAGAAACUUCCCAGCUGCCAGAGAUGCAGUUUUGGAAUACUUUGCCAUGGUAUUCCAUGAUGCCGUUAAUGUAUCAAUCAAUCAAACUGAUUAUGAGUCUGAUUCCUCGGCAAAUGGUUCACUUGAGAGUGUUAGCAUGAUUGGGCCAGAGCUAUGCAGCAUGGGUGAGUCCUGGGCACCUUUUAUUGCACCAUGGUGCAUCACCUUGAUAAUGGAUAUUGCUACUGAAAAGUCAAAUUUACCAAAUGCUACAUUACAAAAUACAGAACCUGUGAGAGUUUUGUUAGAUAUUACUACUCAAAAUCUGACACUUCUAAACGCUGAAGAAAGAGCUAAGUGUAUUGAUAUGAUGCUCGAUUGUCGAGCCUGCUCGUGGGCGGUAGGAUGGGUUGGUCGUGCUGAGCCCGCCCUAGUGGCACCACGAGCACUUGCUCUUGGUGCCGAUGCAGCACGAGCAGUGCUGGCUCACCUCGCUAACCACCCACCUGCACUGUACCAUGUUCGUGCUGCGCUUGUUGAUUUGUUUCAAGAAGCUAUCAAAGAGGAUAGUAAAGCAGAAAAGAAAAGAGAUGUCAUUCCCUACCUUUUAAAUCUUGCUUCCAAAUCAGAUAUAGUUUUGAAAGCACUAACUCAAGAUAUCGCACUAACUUUGACGGAUGAGGUUAUGGAUAGACUGUGUGUAGUGUGCGCUACGCACAGGCACAGCGGCGCGUGGGAGGGCGUCGGUCCGGCAUCGCUCGUAGCGUUACUACUCCGAUCAGAUGUGCACUGUUUCCUGUUACUACUCAAACAUGCGCAGAGGAAUGUAUUCUGCAGGCAAUUGUUGGAAUAUCUCCUACAAAAGGUUGAGUACGAGAGCUUGUUCCCGGAUUCGAAUCUACCGCUGGUAAUGAGUGCUGCAGAAGAGAUAAAUAUUGUUAGAGAGAAACUAUUGACCGGUAACCAGUUGGAGCAGUAUUCUAUCGCAAGGAUACUUAUUUUAGUCUGUUACAAUCUGCCGUCGGAGUUCGUGAGCACGAUCAGCUACCUGCUGCAGUGCGCGCGCAGCGACACGACGCUGGCGCUGCUCGUGCGCGUGGUGUCGGGCGCGCUGGCCAUGCACUCGCCGGCCGACGGGCCCGACGUGCCCGCCGACGUGGAGCGCUACCAGAACCUCAUCAACACGGGCGUCGAGUACGCGCUGCGGGACGCCAUGAUGGCCGACACGCAGAUCAAGAAGUGCUUCGUGGAGGGCACGGGGACGAAGGACGAGAAGACUUACUUGCAUCAUUUUUGUCUGAAUAUCGUCAAGUUGUUGAGAUGGGAGCGGGGCGGCGUGCGCUGCGCGUGGGCGGCGCGCGCGGUGGCGGCGCGCGUGGGGCGCGUGGGCGCGGCGCUGCGGGCGCGCGCGGCGCUGCUGCGCGAGCGGCCGCCCGCCACCGCCGCCGCGCUCGCCGACAUGCCCACCUGCCACGCGCUCGCGCAGGUACUGGACAAUGUCGACUUGACGGGAACGAAAUCGGCGCCCCCAAGUGUGGAAGUGAUCUUAAAAGUAAUUCAAGCUACAGUCCAAUACUUCUUCAGAUGUUUACAUGAAACAGAUAUAAUGGCUAAGAUUCGGGGAGUUCAAACAGCCAGUCGCCUCCUUCGUAAGCUGUGUUUACACAGUAAGCUGGCUCGAGCCGUGGCGUUGAGAGAUUUAUUAGAAACGGCCAUGUUCCGAGAAGACAAGGUGUUCGGCAGUCGCUCCGACGUUACUAACAAUGUGGCUUCGUCCAAAGACUGGAACGGCGAAGAGCUGCUCAUUUAUAUGAAUCAAAAACAUGGUCCAAUAACGCAGCUGACGCAGAGCCACACGUCGGUGUUCCACGCCGGCAUCAUCGGCAAGGGCGUGCGCAAGCGCAGCGACGCGGGGCGCGGCGCGCCGCCCGUGCUCGCGCUCGACAACGAGCUGCUCAUGGGCGCGCUCAUGGCCUGCAUGGACGGAAACAGCGGAAUAGUAGAGGGCUCGACGUCGAUAUCUUUACUAUUAGUGGAACUGGUUUCACCUGAUGUCAUGUACAAUGGACUUCCUUGGCCAGACGAAGAUUUCACUAAGCAAGUGAGCAUCGAGCGCGAGCUGUACAUGCGCAGCGCGGUGGAGCGCUGCGGCGUGUCGCGCGCGGCGCUGCGGCGCACGGCGCGCGCGCGGCCCGCGCUGUGCCUGUCGUCGGCGCUGCUGCGCGCCGCCGCCGCCUCGCUGCUGCACCGCGCGCAUCGUCACACACAAUCAGCAGAAAUGGUUCGAGAAUUAGCUGCACUCGUGGAGUUACUGUCAGUUAUGACGUUGGGACAGCUCUUGCCGCAUCCUUUGAGUCAUAUUUUGGAAUUGGCUCCAGAACUUACUCCUAGUGAGAUUGUUCAAGUUCUAAGAGAUUGUAUUUGGAAUUACACGCGAGAUCACGUGCCUUCACCUGCGCUGUUUAGCUGCGAUUCUACAGGUCUUCAUUGGCGCGAUCCGUCUACUUGCAAGCCACCACCAACGUACACAGAUACUUUGAGAAUGAUUAUUCAGAAAAGAAUAUCAAAGUUGGGCCACAUGUACCCUAUAAUGUUUUUAAAUCUUGAAAAAGAUAGUUGAAUCUAUCCUUUGUAACACCUUUGUAAAUAUUACGAAACUGAUUAAGAAAUAAAGUGCCUAAAAAUUUU